AUGUCUCUCAUAAUUUUAUUACUCUGUACGUUAUUAGGCGUAUCGUUGACUACAGCAGCUACUAUCGAACGAGCAGUGUCAUCUGAUGUACUUCCAUCCAUAUGCUACAAUGAUUUUGGUUGUUUCUCACCACGACCGGGAUUCAAAGUCUUACCUCAAUCUCCAGAAAAGAUUAAUACACAAUUCUUUCUCUAUACAAGAAAACAAUCCAGUCAAGCACAGCUCAUCUCCUCCUCAAAUUUGGGUUCAUUCGAUCAUACAAAACAAAUCAAAUUGAUUAUUCAUGGUUUUACUGAUAAAGCAUCGAGUUCCUGGGUGAUCAAUAUGACAAAAGAACUAUUGAAAUUGGAAGAUAUGAAUGUGAUUACCGUUGAUUGGUCUGGUGGCAAUCAGUUUCCGUAUGGCCAAGCCGCAGCCAAUACUGUAAUAGUGGCUGCUGUUGUUCGACAGCUCCUUCAAGUAAUGAUCAGUACCGGUGCACAACCACAGCAAAUGCACUUAAUUGGCCAUAGUUUAGGUGCACAUAUAUCGAGUUAUGUAGGACGAGAUUUACCUAAUUUGGGACGUAUCUCUGGCUUGGAUCCUGCUGGACCUGAUUUCUAUGUUUCUCAAGUUCCUGAUCGUCUCGAUCCAUCCGAUGCUCUGUUUGUCGAUGUAAUUCACACUGAUGGUGCACCACAAAUACACUCAGGUUUCGGUCAUUUAGAACCAUUGGGACAUGUAGAUUUCUAUCCCAACGGUGGUUCUGCUCAGCCCACUUGUGGUAGCAAUACUGGUGUCAUCUUAUUACAAUCGGCAUGGAGUUUAAUCAGUACUUUUAAUGUAGGAAAUGCUGCCGAUACGCUUGCCUGUAAUCAUAUGUCAGCAGUGUUCUAUUAUACUGAUUCAAUCAAUACACCAUCGCCAGCUUUUGCAUAUCCUUGUUCAGAUUACAAAAGUUUCGAGCAAGGUUUGUGUACAUCUUGUGGCUCGUCUUCCGAUCGAUGUCAACGAACUGGCUAUCAUGCUUCAAUUUCAAAAACACUUGGUACAUUAUAUCUCAUGACAUUACACGGCGUCAAGCCACCACAUUUCGGUUUUAACUUCAAAGUUAUACUUGAAUCAGACAUGAACGACAAUGCACAACAAACACGAGGCAUCAUCAAAGUUAAAUUCGAUGAACAAAACGAGGACACACUGUUGUUCGAUCAAAAUACAUUGUUCAAACGUGGCUCGAUCAAUUCAAAAACGAUUCUUGUUGCCAACAAACCUACGGCAAUGGAAAAAAUUAAUAUCUCAUUUAAAAAAAGUUUAGGUUCCACUUUGGGUAUUGGUCUCGCCGGUCAAUGGAAUAUUCGUUCGGUUACUAUGCUUGAUAUGCAAUCUCAUAUGAGUUAUAGAUUUUGUCCAACAUCAAACUCACCGAUGAUUAAGAGCGGCUCAAAUCUCACAUAUAAAUUGUGUUGA